GAUGGCCAUGUUACUAAAGGGCGGUAGAAUAAGUAUAUUUCUCGUGAAUGAGAGACAGAAAGAAAAGAUAGUGAUUUCGGUUCCUCCCCUUCUCUCUCUCUCUCUCUCUCUCUCUCUCUCUAAUAAAAAAUACAGAAACCCAAACUAAUUAAAUGGGCUUGCCCUGCAUGGGCAUGUCUACGCCCCCACCUCUUACAAAUGAAUGACUGAAAGCUCUCUCUCUCUCUCUCUCUCUCUCUCUCUCUCGCCAAGUUUUCGUGUUGUCCGAAACGUAACGGGUUUAUUUUUGUUUUUGGUUUUGAAAUGUCGUCUGAAAUGGAAAUGGAAGCGUCAUCGGCCUCGUACAUGUACGGAAACCCGUCUUCCGACUUGCUGCACAUUGACGACCUGUUCGACUUCUCCAAUCCAGACAUCUUCUUCGAUUCCUCUUCCGACGCCUCCUCUUCCCACCACCACCACCCUCCACCUGACUGCUCAGCGGGAAUCCGGCCUCUCGCCGGAAAUCCUGACACGAACCCCUUCCGCAGCAGCUUUUCCGAUGACCUCUGCGUUCCGAGUGAUGACGUGGCAGAGCUGGAAUGGCUGUCGCAAUUCGUCGAGGAUUCCUUCUCCGACGUGCCCUUCCCAGGCGACGGCAGCUACAUCGCCGGAAACGUGAUUUCCCGGCCGGACGCGUCAGUUCCCGGCCGCGCGAGGAGCAAGCGGUCAAGAGCUGCGGCAGUGAACAACAGCUGGAUUUCGCUGCCGUCAACGGCUGAACCGGACGUGCAACCCCCGGCUGGAUUUCCUGAGGCCGGCAAAGGGAAGGGCGGAGCGAGGAGGAGGGAGUUAGUUAUCGGCGACGGAGGGAUUAGGAAAUGCACUCACUGCGCGACAGAGAAGACGCCCCAGUGGCGGACGGGGCCUCUGGGGCCCAAAUCUCUGUGUAACGCUUGCGGAGUCCGUUACAAGUCAGGACGGCUCGUGCCGGAGUAUCGACCCGCUGCAAGCCCGACUUUCGUGCUGACUCAGCACUCGAACUCUCACAGGAAGGUGAUGGAGCUCCGCAGGCAGAAGGAGAUGGUAGUCCGGCAGGAGAGCUUCCACGACUUCAAGGUCUGCUGACAUGGACGGCGGACAAGUGUCGGCUAGGGGAGUAAGAUGAGAGAAAGGGAUGGCUAGGAUUACCUUGUUAGUGAGAUUUCCGAAACAUGGGCCAUCUGAAGCAGAGAGCACCAAGUGGACAGAUCCGAUCCACACCUUGUAGACAAUAAACAACCGAUUGCCUCGCUUAACAUGCAAGAA